AUGCAAAGAAAGUUUGUCUCUGUUAAACCAGAGGAAUCAGAACUUGAACCCAUGAAGAAUUCAAGUAAAAGAAGGACAGCUUCAGUCAACAUAAGAAGCAAUGAGUCGCCGAAACUCUCCCCAUCUGUUGAUCAAACUGUAGGAAUGUGGAGGGAGAAUAAUGUGGGACCCGAGGCAAAAGAGUUGUUGGAGGCUAUCGAGCGACAAUACCCCGACACAUUUCAAGGGCUACAAAUUCGUGGGAAAUCAGUCUGGCUGAACAUGUUGAAAGAAUUCCAUAUGGUUAUAAAAAGAUUUAUGGAAACAUCGGUGGAUGCAAUGUUGGAGGAGGAUAUAACCAGUCUUCAAGAAGAUCUCAACAUGUUUCAGGGGUUUGGAUUUGAUCUUUCGUGGGCUUUCAAGAGGCUAAACAUGGUGAAUAGGCUCAAGUUUGGAAACGAGCCAUUGCAAAAAGAGUUGAUAGCUUUAGAAGGAUCGUUGGAGCCAUUACAGGUAAGGAUCAGGUUGAGAUGGAAGCAGUUGAUGGAAGCGCAUGAAAUGUGGAAUAAGGCGCAAUUCGAGUAUGAUAAUGCUGCAAAAGCUCGAGAUAAGAAAGUAGAGGAAAUGGUGGAGGAGUUUGGAGCUGAAUAUGAUCGAGUAUUGAAGGCUCAUCUUGGGUUCGGUAUGUUACCAGGGCCUAGAAGCAAUUUAGCCCUAAAUCAGAUUAUCAUUUAUCAGACCUCACUCCUCUUCAGUCUUUCACUCUCCUUGAUUCUUCCCUUUUCACGCAACCAUCGUCAAUCGACCUACCUCUGGUCCGAAUCGCCGUCGGAAUCGUCGCAUACCUGCUCAGUUCCUCCCUUUUCAGGCAGCCAUCUCCUUGUGCUUACAGAGUAUAGAGACAUGAACAAGAAGGAGGUAUUCAAACUAGCGAAAGGUUUCCGGGGAAGGGCAAAGAAUUGUAUCCGGAUAGCUAGAGAAAGGGUAGAAAAGGCACUUCAGUAUUCUUAUCGAGAUCGUAGGAACAAGAAACGUGACAUGCGUUCCCUUUGGAUUGAACGCAUCAAUGCUGGCACUCGCGUCCAUGGUGUGAAUUAUGGUAACUUUAUGCAUGGACUAAUCAAAGAAAACAUCCAAAUUAAUCGAAAGGUUUUGUCAGAGCUGUCUAUGCACGAACCGUAUAGUUUCAAGGCUCUCGUUGAUGUUUCUCGCACAGCUUUCUCUGGAAACCGCCCACUCUCAACCACAACAAAGAAGGAAGGCCUUGCAAUUCUAGUAUGAUUUUUUUUUCCAACAACUUGUAGUCAAUAAUGCUUUAGAGUUCUAACUUUUCAUCAUUAUGGCAUUUACGGGGAACAUUUUUUUUUUUUUUUAAAUCAAAAACGUUAUACUUAUACCCCAACUGUAUCUGGUGUUGACAUGGUGCCUUUCUGCCAAGAGAUUGGGGGUUCAAAUCCUGUGUGGG